AUGAAAGCUUUUGACCGAGAUCCACUUAUUGCGCACGUUUCAAAACGCCAAGCUACUUCUCCAGGACCAGCAGCAUAUGACAUAUCAAAACGCCUCGAAACUACUCCGAUUAAAAUGAAAGGCAGAAGAACCGAAAAAGUUGUUUAUGAUGAUGUUCGAUUAUUAAACAUUCCUUCUACUAUUGGUAAAGUUCCAAAGAUUACAAUUUCCGGACGUACUACAGGAAUUACUGAUAAGUUUGUAACACCUGGUCCAACCUAUGUUCCACCACCAUUUGGUUCCGGAAGUAGGCAUCACCAAUUUGGCACGCAUAACGGUAUCAAAGCAAGACCAAAGACAGCUAUGGACACUGUUCAAACACCAGGUCCAGGCCCUGCGGCAUUUAAUACAAGAGAUCAUACAUUCGAUGCCACAGGAAAGAAAGGUAUCAAGAUGAAAGGUACACAUGACUUCAAAUAUGCAGAAACCGCAUCACCUGGCCCAGGUGCUUAUGCUCCAAGAUUUGAAUCAGUUCUUGCUGCGGCACCUAAGCCAAUUAUGCAUAUUAGGCCUAAGACAAAGGAUCCAGAGCCUGGCGUUGGAUAUAAGGAACUUGGUUCUACGCUCACAGGACCUGCUUUCACAAUGAAGCGCAGAGCAACUGAUGAUAUUAAUCUUGUUUAA